AGAAGACGUUCAGUGUAGCGCUCUCAGUCCUCCCGAACAGUUCAAUUCCAUUCUCUCACCAUGACAGCCAACCCGGGGCUUUAAGGGUGGCGGCCCGUCCCGGGUCCACAAAGACGAGCAAUGAGCAGGGCGGGAAAAGCCCCCAAACGGGAGAUGGUCAUCGAGUCGCCUCAGCAGUACAAGUGUUUGGCUGAGAUCGAGGCCGAAGUGGAGGCGGGGUCACAGGUGGCUUUGGUGAAGCCCAAGGUCAUCCAGCCUCUGGACUAUGAAAGUGUGAUCAUUCAAAGAAAAACGCAGAUCAUGACCGAUGCACUACGGGAUAUGCUGCAAUUCCCGCUGGAUGACUUUCAGAUCUGCACUCUUAAGCGCCAGGGUCGGACUCUGUUCUCGACCGUGCCAGAAAAUGCGGAACAUGAAGCUGGAUCGCUGUUUGUCCAAGAGUGUAUCAAAACCUACAAGUCAGACUGGCAUGUGGUCAAUUACAAGUACGAGGAGUAUUCCGGAGACUUUCGGCAGCUCCCUAACAAAAUAUUACGACCAGAGAAACUGGUGGCCCACUUGUUUGAGGUGGAUGAAGUUGCGGAAAAAGACGGGGACACAGCCUCGCUUGGCGCUCACAAGGGAGGCGUGUCUAAACACGGCUGGCUGUACAAAGGCAACAUGAACAGUGCAAUCAGCGUUACUAUGCGGUCAUUCAAAAGGAGGUACUUCCAUCUGGCUCAGCUGGGAGAUGGCUCCUACAACCUCAAUUUCUACAAGGAUGAAAAUACCUCCAAGGAGCCCAAAGGAACCAUCUUCCUCGACUCGUGUAUCGGCGUCGUUCAGAACAGUAAAUUACGAAGGUUUGCUUUUGAGUUGAAGAUGCAAGACAAGAGCACAUUCCUUCUGGCCGCAGACAGCGAAAUGGAGAUGGAGGACUGGAUCAGUACCCUGAACAAAAUUCUUCAUAGCACCUCUGAACAGGCCACGCAUGAGAAACGUUACGAGGACUUCCAAGAUGAGGAGGAUCAAGAAAAAGCAGACAUCUGCUCUGGAAGUUUUCAAGACAGCUUUCAGACGGCCAGAGAUAUUGAGUUCAAAAUGAGGAGCGAAGCCCGGCUGAAACUGUUUACUUUGGACCCUGAAACACAGAAAGUGGACCUCACGAACACCGAACCAGAUGUACGGCAAUUUGAGGAGAAAUUCGGGAAGAGGAUCUUAGUCAACUGCCAUGACUUGUCAUUCAACCUGCAGGGCUGCGUCGCGGAUAAUCAGGAGGGACCGACAACGAAUGUGGAACCGUUCUAUGUGGUUCUGUCCCUUUUCGACAUUCAGAACAGCAGAAAAAUCUCUGCUGAUUUUCAUGUGGAUCUCAACCACCCUUUGGUGCGACAAAUGUCGCCCAGUUCUGCUUGUGACCAUGACUUGCACAUUAAUAGCGAGGGUAUCUUAGCUAGGCUAAGGCUAGCCAAUGGGUUCCCAGAGAUGGCUCUCCGAUACCCGAAACAAGGAGUGUUUUCAGUCACGUGUCCCCAUCCAGAGAUCUUCUUGGUGGCAAGGAUUGAGAAGGUUCUCCAAGGGGGGAUCACACACUGUAGUGAACCCUACAUGAAGAGUUCCGACUCAACAAAGAUGGCUCAAAAAGUGCUGAAGAAUGCAAAGAUGGCCUGCAGUAGACUGGGCCAGUACCGGAUGCCGUUUGCCUGGUCUGCAAGGCCCGUGUUUAUUGACGCAUCAGGAACUUUGGACAAAAGUGCUCGUUUCUCUGCUCUUUACCGACAAGACAGCAGCAAACUGUCAGAUGAGGACAUGUUUAAACUGCUGGCUGACUUUAGAAAACCAGAGAAAAUGACCAAACUUCCAGUGGUGCUCGGGAACUUGGAUGUAACUAUUGACUGUGUGGCUCAAGAUACGACCAAUUGCGUCACUUCCUCCUACAUCCCGGUGAGGAACUUUGAAGGAAACGGGCCUGGUAGCGCCCUCCUGGAAGUGGAAGAGUUUGUACCCUCCAUCGCCAAAUGCUCCCAACCCUUUACCACCUAUAAAAAUCUUCUUUAUGUCUACCCGAAGCACCUCAAAUACGAUGGGCAGAAAUCUUUCCCUAAGGCAAGGAAUAUUGCAGUUUGCAUUGAAUUCAGGGAUUCUGACGAAGAGGAAGCCCAGCCGCUAAGGUGCAUCUACGGUCGUCCCGGAGGUUCCCUAUUCACCCGGCAGGCAUAUGCGGCUGUCUUGCACCACCAACAGAACCCUGAGUUCUACGAUGAGAUAAAGAUGGAGCUGCCAACUCAUCUGCACCAAAGGCACCAUCUUCUGUUCACCUUCUAUCACAUUAGCUGUGACAGCAACGGCAAGAAGAAAGAUCUGGUGGAGACUCCAGUGGGUUCAGCCUGGUUGCCUCUACUCAGAGAUGGCAGAGUCGUCAUGAAUGAACAGCAUCUAACCGUGGCUGCUCAUUUGCCCGCCGGCUACCUCAACUGUCAGGAUGCCGUCAUCAAGCAUUCCGGCUCUGAGAUCAAGUGGGUCGACGGAGGAAAACCUCUGUUCAAAGUCUCAACACAUCUUGUUUCCACAGUCUACACUCAGGACCAGCACUUGCACAACUUCUUCCACCACUGUCAAAGCAUGGAGAUGUCAGAACAAGCAUCAGAGGGUGGUCUGGUGAAAUUCCUUAAGAGUCUCCAUGCCGUGGAGGGCCACAUCAUGGUGAACUUCCUGCCCACCAUCCUCAACCAGCUGUUCUGCAUCCUCACCGGCGCCUCGCAUGAAGAUGUGGCCGUCAAUGUGACAAGGGUGAUGGUUCAUGUGGUGGCGCAGUGCCAUGAAGAGGGACUUGGACAUUACCUGAGGUCUUAUGUCAAGUUUGUUUUUAAACCAGAGUCGGACUCUUCUACCAAUGUCAAAACUGUUCACGAGGAGUUGGCCAAAGCCAUGACGGCCAUUCUGAAGCCUUCAACCGAUUUCCUAACCAGCAAUAAGCUCCUGAAGCACUCUUGGUACUUCUUCGAAGCCCUUGUCAAAGCCAUGGCUCAUUACCUCAUCCAAAGUGGUAAAGUCAAGUUCGCAAGAAAUCAACGUUUUCCCGGCUCCUUCUACCAUGCUGUUGAGACCUUGGUCAAUAUGCUGAUGCCUCACAUCACCCAGAAGUACAAGGACAACCUGGACGUGGCACGCAAUGCCAACUACAGCCUGGCGGUUUUUAUUAAGCGCUGCUUCACCUUCAUGGACCGAGGAUUUGUCUUCAAGCAGAUCAAUAACUACAUGAAUUUCUUCCUACCCGGAGACCCAAAGACGUUGUAUGAGUUUAAGUUUGAGUUCCUGAGAAUCGUGUGCAGCCACGAGCAUUACGUCCCUCUCAACCUUCCCAUGCCCUUUGGAAAAGGCCGAGUGCAAAGGUUCCAAGAUCUUCAACUGGACUACUCGCUGACCGAUGACUUCUGUCAAAACCACUUCCUGGUGGGUCUGUUGCUGAGGGAGCUGGGCGGCGCCUUGCAGGAGGGCCCAGAGGUUUGUCAGAACGCUGUCCAGGUGCUGAAGGGGCUGAUGGUGAAACACGCCUUUGACGACCGCUACGCCGCCAAAAGCCACCUGGCCAGACUUGCCACCCUCUACCUGCCCUUGUUUGGCCUCCUACAGGACAACGUCCGCCGACUGGAAAGCAAAGCAUUUGGGCCUCCGAACCACCACAAGAACCCGAUGGACGACUCUGUCAUGGUGACUCCCCAGAAGCAAGGCACUUACAUGGACUGCGGUCUUCACAAAGAAGUCUUCGGUGUUAUCUCCGGAACCAGGGAGUCCAAUGUCUCCUUGAUGUCGUCCCCUUAUAGCUCCACCCCCAAUGUUGGCUCGGGUCACCAUGCAGGCUCCAGAGGCUCUUUGGUCUCCACUGACUCCGGAAACAGCCUUCCGGAGAAGACCAGAGACCGGACAAACUCUUUGGAGAAGUGCGUCUCAGCUCCGGGCGGCGCUCUGCUGCGUUGUGACAAACUGGAACAAGAUGAUGUCAAAAACCUGCUCAUGUGCUUCCUGCAUAUCCUCAAGAGCAUGUCAGAAGAAGCCCUUUUUGCAUACUGGAACAAAGCAGCAGCAUCUGAGCUCAUGGACUUUUUUACAUUAUUGGAAGUCUGCCUGCAUCAAUUUCGUUACAUGGGGAAGCGAGUCAUCACCAGGAGUCACGAAGGGGCGGGACCUCUGAGUCCAGACAGGAAAUCCUUGCUUGUGUCUCGUAACAGGGCGGGGAUCCUGCACUCCCGCUUACAGCAGUUUGGGACUUUGGAGAAUGCUCAUGUGCUCAACAACGUGUACUCUCACACAGAAGCAGAUGUCGGCAACCAAUGCUUGCUGGAGGCCAACGUGUCUACGGAAGUGUGUCUGACUGUGCUGGAUACCCUCAUCAUUUUCAUUAUGGGAUUCAAGAGCCAGUUGAACUCGGAUCUUGGUCACAACCCCUUGAUGAAGAAAGUAUUUCAGGUGCAUCUGUGCUUCCUGCAGAUCCCUCACUCGGAGGCUGCCCUCAAGCAGGUCUUCACCUCACUCAGGAAUUUUAUCUACAAGUUCCCCUGCACGUUCUUUGACGGCCGGGCUGACAUGUGCGCCUCCUUCUGCUAUGAAAUCCUGAAGUGCUGCAACUCCAAGCUGAGCUCCCUCCGUAGCGACGCCGCCCAUCUUCUCUACUUCCUAAUGAAAAGUAACUUUGACUACACCGGACGCAAAUCGUUUGUCAGAACCCACCUUCAGGUUGUAAUUGCCGUCAGCCAGCUGAUAGCCGAUGUGAUUGGCAUCUGCGGCACACGUUUCCAACAGUCUCUAUCAAUCAUUAACAACUGCGCAAACAGCGACAAAAGCAUCAAGCACACAGCUUUCCCGUCAGACGUGAAGGACCUGACCAAGCGCAUCCGAACUGUGCUGAUGGCCACCGAGCAGAUGAAGGAGCACGAGAACGAUCCCGAGAUGUUAGUGGACCUCCAGUACAGCUUGGCUAAGUCAUACACAAGCACACCGGAGCUCCGUAAAACCUGGCUAGACAGUAUGGCCCGGAUCCACCACAAGAAUGGCGACCUUUCAGAGGCAGCCAUGUGCUACGUGCAUGUUGCUGCUCUGGUAGCCGAGUACUUGUCAAGGAAAGGAAUGUUCAGGCAUGGCUGCUCGGCAUUCCGUGUCAUCACUCCAAACAUUGACGAAGAGGCAGCCAUGAUGGAGGACGUCGGGAUGCAGGAUGUUCACUUCAACGAAGAGGUGCUGCUGGAGCUGUUGGAGGAGUGUGCCGAUGGCCUUUGGAAAGCAGAGCGAUACGAGCUCAUUGCUGAUGUCUACAGGCUCAUCAUUCCCAUUUAUGAACAACGCAGAGAUUUUGAGAAACUGACACACCUGUACGAUACCCUCCAUCGUGCCUACACCAAAGUCUUGGAGGUGAUGCAUUCUGGAAAACGUCUGCUGGGUACAUACUUCCGAGUGGCUUUUUUCGGACAGGGCUUCUUCGAGGAUGAAGAUAGCAAAGAAUACAUCUACAAGGAGCCAAAGUUCACACCUCUCUCUGAGGUUUCCCAGAGGCUCUUGAAACUCUAUUCUGACAAGUUUGGUCAAGAAAAUGUCAAGAUCAUCCAGGACUCGGGAAGGGUGAACCCAAAGGACCUGGACUCCAAGUACGCCUACAUCCAGGUCACGCAUGUGGUACCGUACCUCGAUGACAAGGAGUUAGAGGAGAGGAAAACCGACUUUGAGAAAAGUCACAACAUUCGUCGUUUUGUGUUUGAGACGCCCUUCACAGUGUCAGGCAAGAAGCAGGGCGGCGUGGAGGAGCAGUGUAAGCGUCGGACCGUUCUCACCACUACACACUGCUUUCCUUAUGUGAAGAAGCGCAUUGCGGUCAUGUACCAGCAUCAGAGUGACCUGAGCCCCAUCGAGGUGGCCAUCGACGAGAUGAGCGCCAAAGUAGCUGAGCUGCGACUGCUGUGCUCGGCCACCGAUGUGGACAUGAUCCGCCUGCAGCUCAAACUGCAGGGCAGUGUCUGCGUUCAGGUCAACGCCGGUCCGCUUGCCUAUGCCAGAGCAUUCUUAGACGACGCUUGUGCCAAGAAAUAUCCAGACAACAAAGUCAAACAGCUCAAAGAGGUCUUCAGGCACUUUGUGGAGGCCUGUGGCCUGGCGCUAGGUGUCAACGAAGGUCUGAUCAAAGAGGAUCAACAGGAGUAUCAUGAUGAGAUGAAGGCCAACUACAGAGAACUGACCCGGGAACUGUCAGACAUCAUGCAUGAGCAGGUCAAUCCAGUGAAUGACGGCACCAGGAGUUCUGACGUAGACAUUUUCACAAACAAACUCCACCCAUCCUCAUUUUUCCAAAUGACCUACUCUACUCUCAAGUCCCAACAUGAGUGAAUGGUGGAGGACGCCAUCAUCCACUGCUGC